AUGACUUGUCGCGUUUAUUUGGGAAGACUGCCUUACGGUACGAGGCAACGAGACGUCGAAAAGUUUUUUCGUAACUACGGAAGACUGCGAGAAAUCAAUUUAAAGGAUGGCUAUGGAUUUGUGGUAAGAGUUUCCUAUUAUUUUUGUUCACGAUUUUCAAUGCAUGUGAAUUUCCUUGAGUGUGAACCAAAAGAAUAGAUUUAACUUUAAUUCAUGGUGUAAUUUUUAAUGUGAAGCACAUGGUUGCAUGUAAUUAUUGUAUUUGCUUGGGCAAUGAAUGGUAAAUGGACGUAUUCAGCUGACGUAUUAUAAACGUUGACAAGACGUUUAAUGGCCUUUAAUAUGAAAAUUUUCAGGGCAUAAGUUGUUGAUGUUUUGGAUUGUUGAUACAAAAGUCGAGCCUUUUGUACUCGGCAGAUUUGGUGGAAUUUAAACCCCAUUUACACGUGCUAAAAAAUCAGCACGGCACGCCAAAUUUUUGGCACUGUGCCUCAUUUACCCGUGCCGAGACUACCUUCGGGAGGAAGUCUCGGCACCCCUAAAAUUUUGAGCACUGGUGCUAGAUUACAUUUGGGACCAAUACAUUUCCGCGUCAAAAAUUGGGAGUGCCGUGCCUUGAAAUCGUCAGCAUGGCGCGGGUAAAUGGGGUUUUAAGCUCAAUUUAUGGUUGCGAUUUGAUACAGUUUUGCAUGUAGGAUUCGCUUCUUUCCAUGAUGUAAAAAUGUCCCGGGUAAAUCAUAGAAUUCUCUGUUUUCACUGUCACGUUUGCAGCAAAACACUACUCGAUAGCUCAACUCUUCGGCAGUACUUAUCAGCCAUAGGGAGCUAUAUGUUGCAUAUUCCAAACUCUGCAGAGGGAAAUUGCUUAAGAGAAAAAGAAAACCACACACUAUGUCGGAAAAGCGAAAUAAAAUCCAUAAAUUUGCGAAUUACCAAAAUUUAAUCGUGAGAAACAGUCCCACCUUGGACCGCCAUGUUUUUGUUCCUUCCCAAGACCGUUGAUCUAUGGUUUUUGACAUAAAGUGCAUGAUCAGUACACAAAUCCACUGGCAAGACUUUUGCUGAUCACUUGGCAAGUAAUGUGAGAACAUCUUCUGGAUUUUUCAUUCAAGAGAAUGUGUGGGAAGUAGCUUCCUCCCGCCCCUGGUUGUGCAUUUUUUCAGAAAUUAUUAUAUUAUUGAGAGAUGUAGAAUCACAAUUUGGCAAACAUCAGUUUGUACAGCUUUUGUUACUUUUUGGGUUUCUGUGCUUCAUAGAGCCAAACUAAACAAGUGCAAUAAUUGUACAAAAUUGCAAAUGUUACUGUGAAUGUACUGCGACAAAAAUUACAUCUACGCAAAAUCAGUACUUUCAUGCAAGUUUUAUCUUCUUAUGUCCUAAUUUGAAUUGUCUAUAUGUCAAUUAGUGGCUGGUUUUUCUUAAGUCACCACCAGAGUGCUUAGGUUAGAAAGUCAUUUUGUGUUUCACUUUUGGAAUGCUUGUGUAAAUUCAAGUUUCUAAUACUGUACAUACAUAAUUAUUUUCUUGUGUGUUCCAUUUUCAGGAGUUUGAAGAUAGCAGAGAUGCAGAAGAUGCUGUUUAUGAAUGCAAUGGGAAAGAAAUGAUGGGAGAAAGGUAUGCAUUAACGGGCCUGACAAAAUUUAAAAAUUAUUCCAGAAAAAUAAUGUGCUAAGCAUACACCAUGUUGACUUCUAGUCUUUGGUUUUCAUCUCUCCAGUCAUCACAGUUGAUUGCAGGACAUUGUCCAGUAAUCGACUGUUACUCGCAGCUUUGAUUAAUAUGCAUUUUAUCAAUAUUCUGCCUGUUCUAUUACGUCAUUGUCUGCCUGAUAUAUCAUGUUUGGGUAUAGCUAACAUUUGAGAUUUGAACAUUUGAUUUUUUUUGUGAAAAAGUCUUCAAUAGUUUUGCUUUAACAAUUUUUAUUGGCUUGUCCAAGUUUUAGAUGCCAAACCAUUAUCUGUUUGUGUAAGAGUGAUUAGCUGCCUUUAUCUCCUUUAGGAAAUCAGCAGUACUAGUAGCUGUUGUUGUUAUUUAAUUUAAAGUAAUGUUUUCUUAUUAGUAAUAAUCACUUGAAUUAAGUAAUCUCCAUCCUUAACAAGAAGCAAGACACCUAAUCAGGUCAGUGUGACUUGUUUGAUUUCAGGAUCCUAGUUGAACAUUCACGCGGAACAGCCAGAGGCUUCAGUGGUGGCCGCAAAUCCAGGGCCAGAGAUAAGUAAGUGCAGUAGAUUCUAGCUUGGUUUUAAGUUUUAACCCUUUAAGUCCUGAUAGUGACCAACAUCAAUUUUCUCAUAAUGAUGUCCGUACAAUGUCAAGAGAUUAGGUUAUGAGAAUUAAUAAAAUGAUCACUUAAGAGAAAAUGCUUUGAUCUUUUGUCAAAUUCUCUCAACUCAUUCUUUAAGGAAACAUGUAGAGAUCAGUUUGGAGAAUUUGUAUGUGGAUAUUGGGGCUUAAAGGGUUAAGAAUUUCUUUUCCCUUCUUUUGAGUUCAUGCUCAAAUAUUCUUGCACUUGAAAAAGUAACAGAAGGAAAUGAAAAACAUGAAGCAGUACAAGGAAAUUUCUUUGUGAUAAGCAGUAAUGUCUAAGUCUCAUCACUUUCUUUUGUCUUGGUAGGUAUGGACCUCCUGUAAGAACACCUUGGAGGAUCAGAGUAGAAAAUUUAUCAACGCGUGUUAGUUGGCAGGUCAGUAAGAUAUUAAAGAAGUAAUGCCAUCUUUUGUUUCUUCAAUGUUCUAGUUAGGCUGUGAAUAUGAUUUUUACAGGGGGUUGAAAGUGAAAGAUGGUUCGGUUCUGGUAAUGAUUUUGCGAAUAAAACUAAAGAACUGGUUGUGUUGAAAAAGUUGUGUUUGCUGCUUCGUCCAUGGUGUUGAAUUUAAUUUUAUAGUUGAAGUAAAAUGAUUCAAGAGCUUUAAAUUCACACUUUGCAUAAUUAUGUGAUGAUGUUUCUCAGUGCUUCUUAUACAUUUUUUUUCAGUUUCUAAAGCAAUACAGGUGUAUGUGACUGUUUGCUGAUGUUGUUGGGUUAAUGGGAAUAAAAUUAGCAUUAUUGCUGUGUUUUAUGAGGAAAUACCUGCUUACUGAACAAGAAUCCUGUUAAACAUUAAAGGAAAACAAGAUAAAACUAAAUAUAUGAUGUUAUAUACUUGAUGUAGGCAGGUCUGAUAAAACUUUACCUUGCCUUGAAAUAUUUUCAGUUACAAGAUGCGCUUGUGAGGGGUGAUGUGAGGGUAGUCACAGAUGCUUAGAUGAUUAGAUGCGCUCCCCUCUGACGUUUGAGUGGUUUUGAUGCACAGAUGCCAUCCGAUGUUGAUACUUAUCAUCAUGACGAGCCAAGUUUUAACAAAGGCAUGACACAAAAACACUCCCGUGGCAAAUGCUGACUGAUGAACUGUGCGAUUUGAAAAUGACUCAGACGGUGGAUUCCUGCGAAAUUGUUACUGUAGUAUUUUAAUUUGUCACACUAGUUUCUUGAUAUGCCUGGGCUUGUCAAACUUGUCUUCGGAGCCAGCUACAGUUCAAAGUUAAGAUGAGAAAAGGGUUGAAAAAUAUAUACCAUUGAAAAGAAAAUAAAUAGGAAGGGAAGUUUCCAUGUUUUCACUAUUUUGCAUUAUAGAUGAGGGUUUCCUUGAGGGACAGUGACCCCUGUCUAGAUAACUGAAAAGUCAAAUGAUUAAAGUUGAAUUCAGGAUGAUAAAAUCUCUGCAUAAGUCAUGACCAAGGUUGUUUUGUUAAGUACAACUGUCAUUAUUAGGAUCUCAAAGACUAUGUACGCCAAGCUGGAGAAGUGACAUAUGGAGAUGCACACAAACAAAGACAAGGUGAAGGGUAAGUAAGUCUGUUGGAAAACUUUUUUGCCGUCCUGUAGUGUGCAGUGAAUUAGUAGGCUCAUUGUUGAGAAUCACUGCUUCCUAGUUAGUUCAUUUGGCUGGAUACACGAAUUUGAAGUAGCAGGCCUAAGCACUCCAAGCUCUGACCACUUCAGUCACUGUGGCAAGUAGACUAAAAUUGCUGUGAAAGUAACAAAUUUGGUGACCUGUGUUCGGCCAUAAUAUGCCAAACCAUGGCGUUUUAGUUAGUUAAAUUGUGUUUAUGGUCCUUAUAGGGAGAUCAUGAAACAUUUGUAGGAAAGAAUAUUAUAUUCCCCCCUCCCCCUCUUCCCCUUCCUGUGCAAACCUGACAUCACCCAUCCUCAAAAUUUUGUUCAACAACUGUUGAAGUAUGUUUCCAACUAGUCACUUUCUUGUUUUUGAUUUGAUUUGUUUUGUUCAGUGUCCUUGAGUUUGCCAGCAAGAGAGAUAUGAAAGAUGCCCUAAGGAAACUUGAUGGGACUGAGCUGAAUGGAAAGCGCAUUAAGCUUGUUGAUGUAAGUGGUUUAGAAGAGUGUUGACUUGCACUGUGCUGUAAGUUAAUUGACUGAUUGUUGCGGAAGGAAUAAACUCACAGUCUUCUCCUAUACACCAUUCUAAUAAGUCUGAAAAAAAUUUUUGUUUUUUUGGAACCAUAAAACUUCUGUGACUUCCUUCUGAUAAGGAUGUAAUUAUUUUAAUAUUCAUUCAAAUUAUUUCUUGCCUCAAAAUAUGCUUAUCUCGAUCUACCGUAUUUCCUGGAAUAGGUUCUCACGCUCUACUAAGCGCCCUUCCCGAAUAGGCACCCACCCCCUAGGCCAAAAUAUUAAACAAGCACCCCCCCGAAUAAGUGCCCCCCCCCCACUUCUUCUCCCAGCCCCCAUCGCUUUUUUAUAGGAGGAAUACAAGGAAAACUUUUUUCUAUUGGCACUUAAUUGAGAACUCGGUGUAUCAACGGUAUAAUGAAACUAAGGUACUCUUGAUUACCACCAGGAGAACUUAAUACACAACCCCCUCGAUUAAGUACCCUAAUUCCAAUAAGCGCCCGUCCUUAUAGCCAAAAUUUUAAAUAAGCGCCCGGGUGCUUAUUCGAGGAAAUAGUGUAUGUGAAGUUCCCAUCUUCAUAACAUUUGCCUACACACAUUCUUCAAAGAGAAAUUUUCGUGUAUCGAGUGGUAUACUUUCUAUUCUUACUAUGUUUCGUAGACUGGUACAUGUAUGUUGUUUUUUGUCAUAAAGUGCGAAAUUUUCCGCAAUUUAUUUUUCUCCAGCUCUGCACUGCCAAAACAGCUGCGCGAUCACGUCGCCUUCCAUCCCUCUUGUUUGUCGAUUAGCAGUAUAACUGACGUCAGCGGAGUUUGGUCGUUUCUACUGUAUCAACUGUAUUGGCAAACAUGUUCCAAUUUUGGCCAAAGCUACACUCGGGGACAAAAGUAGUUGACGCACUUGUCAAAAAGGCGCGUUUCAUGAAUAGUUUCAUUCAUUUCCUAUUUGAUCCUGUUUUAACGGCGUAAAUCCCCCUUCCCCCCCACCCCCGAAUCAAUGUUGUUUGCAGGAAAAGAAAGGGUUGAUGGGCUUAAAUACAACAUUAAGGGUUUGGGGGUACACAGAGGGAAGGGGCAAUUUUAUCUCAACACUUUUGUCCCUCAUCGUAACUGUCACGAAGAUUAAAGCCAAUCGGAAACAGAGAAAUCUUUUGAAUGAAAAGUAAUAUACUUAGUAUGGUUUAAGUGUUCAAAAUGAUUGUUUUUGUUCUUUAGGAAAGUACACGUUCUCUUUUUGACGUAGACUCUUACUGGAUAGUAUGAUUUACGUAACUCAAUUCUUUUGCAGGAAAGUCCACGUUCUCGUUCUCGUUCUCGAUCAAGAAGCCGCUCUAGAUCCAGAAGACGAUCUCGAUCCAGGUCUCGCUCAGCUUCACGAUCUCGACGACGCCGCUCUAAAUCACGAUCACGUUCUAGAUCACGAUCCCGGUCGCCACGACGCAAAUCGCAUUCCAAGUCGCGCUCAAGGUCCAGGUCACGAUCCCGUUCACGAUCUCCGCGCAAAUCCAAGUCCCGAUCACGUUCACGUUCACGUUCACGCUCAGCAUCUCGAUCGCCCAGAAAUGAUAAAGAAGCAUCUGCGGAACCUGGAGCUGAUGAUAAUCAGAAUCAUAAUUCAGCAGAAAGAGAUCAGGCCGGUGAAGAUGAUGAUGCUGCCGACUCUAAGGCGUAGUAAAAUGCUGUUUCUCCGCUUGUACUUUUAAACGUGUGGGUUAGAUUAUUGAUUCUGUACUGUCAGAUGUGUUUUAAUGGUCAAACAUACAAGCUGCCAGCUCUUUUAUUAAGCAAUUUGUAGGCGUGACUCUUGACCAAGUUAUUUAUUUGUAAGGCUGUAGGCAGUGAAAACCUUCUGAUUGGAUGUCAUUUCAUUUGAACGUGUUCAUUGUUUUUAGUUUAUUUGCUGGAACUGGAAAUUGCUUUUAUUAAACA